AUGCAAUUCACUCAAGUGGGAGCUUUGACCAGGAGUCAGUUCAGGAAGCCUUUACUGUUGCAACUUCGUGCCAAAUUUCAUCAACAGCAGACCUCGCCUACUUUGGUUAAAUUGCAUUCGGACCUCAAAUUAGACGAGUUACAACCAGAUAAUACUCCAGAUUACGUCCGUUUAAUCCUACGCUCGUCCGUUUAUGAUGUCAUUGACGAGACUCCCAUAACAAAAGCUGUAGGGCUUUCCUCACGUUUAAACACCAAUGUGCAGUUAAAGAGAGAAGAUCUUCUACCGGUCUUCUCCUUUAAACUCCGUGGGGCCUACAAUAUGCUGGCCAAGCUGGAUGAUACGCAGAAGAACCAGGGUGUUAUUGCGUGCUCAGCAGGUAAUCACGCCCAAGGUGUUGCAUUUGCAGCCAAACAUUUAAACAUACCUGCGACUAUUGUGAUGCCAGUAUCUACACCUUCGAUCAAAUAUCAGAAUGUGUCCAGGUUGGGGUCACAAGUGGUUCUUUAUGGUAACGAUUUUGAUGAAGCCAAGUUAGAAUGUGCAAGAUUGGCAGAGGAACGUGGCUUGACAAAUAUCCCGCCAUUCAACCACCCAUACGUGAUCGCUGGCCAAGGCACUGUUGCUAUGGAAAUCUUGAGACAGGUACGCAAUUCUUCAAAGAUUGGUGCCGUUUUCGUUCCGACUGGUGGUGCUGGUUUGAUCGCUGGUAUUGGUGCAUAUUUGAAGAGAAUUGCUCCGCAUAUCAAAAUCAUUGGAGUUGAGACUUACGAUGCUGCAGCCCUGCAUGAUUCUUUGAAGAAAGGCAGUAGAGUCAACCUGCCAUCGGUUGGAACAUUUGCAGACGGUACUUCUGUUCGUCUGGUCGGUGAAGAAAGCUUUAGAAUUUGUCAAGACGUUGUGGAUGAGGUUGUAUUGGUCGGUACGGAUGAAAUCUGCGCUGCAGUUAAAGACGUUUUCGAAGAUACUAGAGGUAUAGUAGAACCAUCGGGCGCUUUGGCGGUGGCAGGUUUAAAAAAAUACGUUACGCAGUUGCACCCCGAGAUUGAUCACUCUAAGCAUACUUAUAUCCCCAUCCUCUCCGGCGCUAAUAUGAACUUUGAUAGACUCAGAUUCGUUUCUGAACGUGCUGUGCUUGGUGAGGGCAAGGAAGUCUUUAUGCUCGUCACUAUUCCAGAUAUCCCUGGUUCAUUUAAGAAACUGCAAAAGGUUAUCCAUCCUAGAGCGGUAACAGAGUUUUCGUACCGUUACAAUGAGCACCGCCAUGAAUCCACUAGCGAAGUUCCUAAAGCCUACAUUUACACUUCAUUCAGUGUCGUUGACCGUGAAAAAGAGAUCAAACAAGUCAUGCAGCAAAUUCAUGCCCUUGGAUUUGAAGCUGUUGAUAUCUCAGAUAACGAGAUGGCUAAAUGUCAUGGCAGAUAUUUGGUCGGCGGUGCCUCUAAGGUGCCUAAUGAGAGAGUUAUCUCUUUCGAGUUCCCAGAAAGACCAGGUGCGCUGACUAAAUUCUUGAGCGGCCUUACUGAUUCGUGGAACUUAACUAUGUUCCAUUACAGAAACCACGGAGCCGAUAUUGGUAAAGUUUUAGUGGGUAUCUCUGUUCCUCCUAGAGAGAACUUGACAUUCCAAAAGUUUUUGGAAGAUUUGGGUUACAGAUACCAAGACGAGUCAGACAAUAUGGUCUAUCAAAAAUUCUUGAAGUACUAG